AUGCCGGGGAAGGGCCAAGGAAAGAGCGGCGGCGGUGGAAUGGUGAAGGGAGGAAAAAAGAAGACCGAAAUGAAAGGGUUGAAAGUAGCGCGUGAAGCACCGGAGGAGAAUAAGGUCGAGGAAGAGGAAGAAGAGGAAAUGAUUGAGAUGGAGGAGGAGGGGGAGAGUGAGGGAGAAGAGGAAGAAGGGAGUGAGGAGGAGGGGGAGGAAGGGGAGGGAGAGGAAGAAGAGGAGGGGGAGGAAGAGGAGGAAGGACAAGCGGAGGAAAUGGAGGGAGGGGAAGAGGACGACGAGGAAGAGGAGGAGGAUGAGGAUGUUGAGGAAGAGGAAGGUGAAGAGGAAGGUGAGGAAGAAGAGGAGGAGGAGCAAGAGGAGCAGGAAGAGCAGGAGGAGCAGGGUUCAGAGAGCAAGAAGCGGAAGCGGAAGGAGGGAGCGAAGGGCGCGGGAGACGCGGAGAAGACAGCGGCGGGAUCGGGGGGUUCCGCGGGAUCGGCGGGGAAGAAGGUCGCGGUCGGGACGACGAAAGCGGACAUGGUUGCCAAGGAAGUUUCCGCUAAGGACACGCCAGGGAAGGCAAAGAAAAGCAAGGAGGGAAAGAAGGAGAAGGGGGGGGAUACGGCGGAGAAAGCGGGAAAAGGGGAUAACAAGGGAAAGGCGGCGGAGACGGUGGAAAAGGCGGCGAAGGAGGCGGGGAGCAACAUUAUGAGCGCAGUGGCGUUCGACACGCUGCACAUCUGCGACGGCACGCGCAAGGGCAUCGAGGAGAUGGGCUUCACGCACAUGACGGAGGUCCAGGCUCGGACCAUACCGCACCUGCUGGCUGGGAAGGACGUGCUAGGUGCGGCGCGCACAGGCUCGGGGAAGACCCUGGCGUUCCUCAUCCCCGCUAUAGAGCUGCUGUUCCGCGGCAACUUCAUGCCGCGCAAUGGCACGGGCGUGAUUAUCAUCUCUCCCACUCGCGAGCUUGCCAUGCAGAUCUUCGGAGUGGCUCGGGAUUUGAUGUCCCACCACAAGCAGACCUUUGGCAUUGUGAUGGGCGGUGCGAACCGCAAGGCGGAGGCGGAGAAGCUUAUAAAGGGGACGAACCUGCUGGUGGCGACGCCUGGGCGGCUGCUGGACCACCUGCAGAACACCAAGGGGUUUGUCUUCCGGAACCUCAAGUGUGUCGUGAUCGACGAGGCGGAUCGCAUCCUCGAAGUGGGAUUCGAAGAGGAGAUGCGGCAGAUUCUGAAUCUCCUGCCCAAGGACCGCCAAACGAUGCUCUUCUCAGCCACUCAGACCACCAAGGUGGAGGACCUGGCACGAGUCAGCUUCAGCCGCACUCCCGUCUACAUUGGUGUCGACGACGGGCGGCACAAGGCCACGGUGGAGGGCCUGGAGCAGGGCUACUGCGUGGUGCGCAGUGAGGAGCGCUUCCUGCUGCUGUUCACAUUCCUCAAGAAGAACCUCAAGAAGAAGGUCAUGGUCUUCUUCUCCUCGUGCGCUGCAGUCAAGUUCUACUCGGAGCUUCUAAACUACAUUGACAUUCCCGUGCUGGACAUUCACGGCAAGCAGAAGCAGCAGAAGCGCACGACCACCUACUUUGAGUUUGUGAACGCGGACAAAGGAAUUCUGCUGUGCACGGACGUGGCUGCGCGGGGGUUGGAUAUCCCAGCGGUUGAUUGGAUCAUUCAGUACGACCCGCCCGAUGAUCCCAAGGAGUACAUUCACAGGGUGGGACGAACCGCAAGAGGGGAGGGCGGCAGCGGGCGCGCUCUGCUCUUCCUCAUUCCAGAGGAGCUCCAGUUCCUGGUGUACCUGCGGUCGGCCAAGGUGCCUCUGAACGAGUACGAGUUCCCCAGCCACAAGAUCGCCAAAGUGCAACCGCAGCUGGAGCGGCUGAUAGCCAAGAACUACUACCUGCAUCAGAGUGCCAAGGAUGCUUACCGGGCCUACCUGCUGGCGUACGGCUCGCACGCACUCAAGGACACGUUCAACGUGCACCGGCUGAACCUGCAGGGCGUUGCGGCAUCGUUUGGCUUCAGCAGCCCACCCAAGGUGGUGAUCAACAUGGAUAGCAACGCGUCCAAGUUCCGUAACAAAGCACACAAAGGUGCUCGGGGUCCGGGGAAAUUCAAUGCCAGCAGCGGACACGCCUUCAGCGCGAGUAAUCCGUAUGGGAAGCGUGAAAGCGGCGACAAAAGGCAGUUCACUAGAAUCUAG